GCACAAUGGCGACUACAAAGCUCAUACUCGUAAUCUCUACCCUGUUCUCCCUCGCUACAGCCACUGCUCUUGCCGCUCCGCCAGCGCAAAGCAAUCAUCCAAACCACUGUCUCUGCCUUAGGCCCGGAGAUGGAAUUGAAGACGAGACUGCAACAAAAGCGGUCUGCCCUCAAUUCGGGGGUUCUUACGUGACCCUUCCAGAGUACCGGAACGGAAAAAAGAUCGAUCUAACAUUCGGUGCUUGCGUCGACCUUGGUUGGUCAUAUGGAGACAAGUUCAAGGAGGCAUGUCUCAAGCACUACGGCAAGACCACGAGUGAUGGGCAGGAUGGUGCCCAGUGUUGCCAACCUGUUUCCUCUGGUGAACCUUGCCGGAAUUAUCCUCCGUGAUUUGUUCCUGGCUGUGUAAGGUAUCACGCACAGCGCAGUGGAUGACUUACGUAAUACUGCCUUGCUGGCGGUUCAAAUUGGCUUCGUUAAAUACCUAUGUUCUGUCUAUUCUCUGGUCUAAAAUACAUACAGUGUGAAAAUUCUUCAUAUGCCAAGGAGUCAUGUGACAGUCAUGUGACUGAGCUGACGCGUCACAUAAGGUGGGCCCGGGCCAAAGAUCUUUUAUGUGAAAGUGAGCGACAAAGACCUUGGGCGUGAAGGGUUAGCGGGAAUGGUUCGUAGCAAACAUGGUGUAUAUACUCACUUGAACUACUUUCCUGCCUG